GAGUCAGCGAGGAUGAAGAUGUGAAGCGGAUGUUGCAGGGCUCCAGUAUGGUGAAGGUUCGCUCACCUCGCUGGCAGAAGCGACGAACUCUAAAGCUGCUGGAAGAUGGAGUCACUGUGUGGUGUCAGUCCCAAAAAACGUCCUCCCGUGCCAAGGAGCAACAAUCCUUCUCUGUCUUGGAGGUGGAGUGCGUUCGGGAGGGUUGCCAGUCAGAGAUGUUGCGGCAGUUGGGUGGGUCAGUACCUGAGGGCCGGUGCUUGACGGUGGUCUUCAAAGGGCCCAGAAAGAGCCUGGAUCUCCUCUGCCAGAGCCAGGAGGAGGCUCAACACUGGGCCCGCGGCAUCCGAAAGCUGCAAGGGAGAGUGGAGAACAUGAGCCAGAAGGAGAAACUUGACCACUGGAUUCAUGCUUACCUCAGUCGGGCUGACCAGAACCACGAUGAUAAGAUGAGCUAUGAAGAGGUCCAGACUCUGCUGCAGAUGAUCAACAUUGAUCUGAGCGAUCAAUAUGCCCGCAGCCUAUUUCAGAAAUGUGACCGGUCAGCUGACGGCCGUCUGGACCACGGGGAGAUUGAAGUUUUCUGCAGGGAGUUGUUACGGAGACCGGAGCUGGACACCGUGUUUAUCCGCUACUCUGCAAAUGGCUGUGUACUUUCCACUGUGGACCUGAGGGACUUCCUGAAGGACCAGGGGGAGGAUGCUUCUCUCAUCCAUGCCCAAAGCCUCAUACUCACAUAUGAACUUAAUGAGUGGGCCCAGAAGAACCAGUUCAUGACCCCCAAUGGCUUCACCAUGUACAUGCUGUCUAAGGAGAACUGUGCCUUUAACCCUGAACAUGCGAGGGUUUACCAAGACAUGAAACACCCACUGGCACACUACUUCAUCUCCUCCUCCCACAACACAUACCUCACCAAGGACCAGCUGACUGGGGACAGCAGCACGGAGCCAUACAUACGAGCUCUGAAUCACGGUUGUCGCUGUGUGGAGCUGGACUGCUGGGAUGGAGAUAAAGGAGAGCCGGUCAUCUACCACGGACACACACUCACCUCCAAAAUACCGUUUGUCGAAGUCAUUGAGGUUAUCAAUGAGUACGCUUUUAAAGCAUCUCCUUACCCUCUGAUCCUGUCCCUGGAGAACCACUGCUCUGUGGAGCAGCAGACAGUCAUGGCUCAACAACUGCGAUCCAUCCUGGGAGACAAGCUCCUCACCAAGCCCAUCGGAGGUCUGGACCCUCACAGCCUGCCCUCUCCGGAGGAUCUCAAAGGGAAAAUCCUUGUGAAAGGAAAGAAGGAGCAUGUGGAGGGCUCAUCGAGCACUUCAGACCUCAGCUCCUCAGAUGAGGAGACCAGCAGGACCGAAGGCAAACACCCCUCCAAAAAAGGGGACCCUAAGCCAAGUGUGUCUAAGCUGAGUCCCGAGCUGUCAGAGCUGGUUGUAUACACCCACAGUGUUUCCUUUAAAAGCUUUGAACACGCUGCCAGAAGCCCAGCGACUGAACUGUCCUCCUUCUCUGAGAGUGAGGCUCUCAGACACAUUAAGGACUCAGGGAUGUAUUUUGUGCGUCACAACAGUCACCAGCUCAGCAGGAUCUACCCCUCAGGUCAGCGCCUCCAGUCGUCCAACUACAACCCUCAGGAGAUGUGGAAUGGAGGCUGUCAGAUUGUCGCUCUGAACUUCCAGACCCCUGGUGAGCAGAUGGACCUAAACCAAGGGAGGUUCCUGCAAAACGGUCAGUGUGGGUACAUCCUGAAACCCCCCUUCAUGUGCCAGCCCGGCACCACCUUCAACCCAGAGAAUGUUGGUGGAGGUCCUGGCCACAGACCUGUACUGUUCACUGUCCGGAUUAUUUCAGCUCAGCAGCUUCCCAAGCCAGAGUGGGACAAGCCCAGCUCCAUUGUGGACCCUCAUGUGUGGGUGGAGAUUCAUGGUGCUACCAUCGACAACAAUAAGAAGAAGACUCAUCAUGUUGACAAUAAUGGCUUUAACCCGCGGUGGGACUGUACAUUUAACUUCACCAUCCAUGCCCCUGACUUGGCCCUGGUUCGCUUCAUGGUGGAAGACCACGACUACACCUCCAGCAAUGACUUCCUGGGGCAAUACACCCUGCCUUUCACCAGUCUCCGCACAGGCUAUCGCCACGUCCGACUGCUCAAGGUGGACGGCUCCACCCUUUCACCCGCAUCGCUCUUCGUCCACGUCACGGUCGGCCCCUGUGAGAGCAGUCCCCACAAAUCGUCUGCAAAAUCACCGGCCAGGUCACCGACCAAGUCAUCCGCCCAGGGACCCUAAUCCCCUGCCUCCGUCCAGGCAACGCCACUAAGGGAGGAGAUGAAAUCUUCCUGGUUCCAGGCGAUAAAAGAUCUCAUCAAACUGGUUAUAAAGUAUGUAGCAUGUGAUGUUUUAUGAAACAAGAGGAGCAUGUUGGUGACAAGUGUGUGACCAGUAUUUUAAAUUUGUUCUUACUAUUCCAUGAAUGCACUGAUCAUGGUGCUGAGUGUUCUGAUCAGCUCCCUGAUCUUACUAAAGGAAGACU